UUGUGAUUUUGCGCCAAAACCGGCAAAGUAUAAGAAAUUGCAAAAUCUCAUUUCUUAAUUAGCUAGCUUUGCGUAUUUAAAAUCACUGCAAAGACAAUUUAUAUAUAUCAGUUUCUUCAAUGUCCUUUAAUUGACGAAAUAUGUCUAAACGAAAUAGUUCUACAGUUUCGAAUACAUUGUUCAAUUACUUUGCUAAAACACCGCCGAGUUCGAAAAAACCUAAACAGAUCGGCGAUGAAGGCAGUAUUAACAAAUUAAAUUCUUCUUUAAACUGUAAAGAUGGUGUUAAAGUUGAAAAUAAAAAACGAGAGAGGAUACCAACUCCAUCACCAGAACCAAAUAAGGAAGCUAGUGAUAGUGAUGAAGAAGUGGUCCUUUCCAACAAAAAAAGGAAGCGGAUUAGAUUAAAUCCUAUAGAUUCUGAUGAUUCAGAUAUUGAAAAUAAAGCAGACAAUAAAGUUAAAAGCCCUAAAAAUGAAGUGUCUAUGAAGCAAAGAUUACAAGAAAGUUUCAAAUAUGAACCUGGUGAAUCCCCUAAAAGCGAUAAAACCAGACGAGUCAUCCCAAAUGUUUCACAAUCAAAAAUAGAAUCUCAAGAAAGUCCUAUCAUAGCGGAUGAAGAUAACUGGACUCAUUGCAAACUGGAUUGGUUGAAACCAGAUAAUAUACGAGAUGGUCAGAAGCGUAAGCCAGACCAUCCAGAAUAUGACCCAAGUACAGUCUAUGUACCAAUGGAAUUUAUGAAAAAGCAGACACCUGCUCACAAACAGUGGUGGGAAAUAAAAUCAAAACAUUUUGAUAGUGUAUUGUUUUUCAAAGUUGGGAAAUUUUAUGAGCUGUAUCAUAUGGAUGCAGCCGUUGGUGUGAAUGAACUUGGCUUCUCUUUUAUGAAGGGUGAAUUUGCACAUUCUGGUUUCCCUGAAAGUGCAUAUUCUCGCAUGGCUUCUACUUUGGUCUCCAAAGGAUACAAGGUAGUGCGUGUCGAACAAACCGAGACUCCUGACAUGAUGCAGGAGAGAUGUAAAAGCAGCGGUCUGUCGAGUAAGAGCGAUAAGGUCGUCAGACGCGAGGUGUGCCAAGUGAGCGUGCGCGGCGCGCGGGCGCUCGGCCUGCAGGACGCCGCGCCCGCGCGCAGCGCCUCGGACCACAUGCUGGCCGUCGCCGAGGAGGAAAAUAAUGGUUGCAGAACAUAUGGAGUCUGCUUUAUAGACACUACUAUAGGGCAGUUCCACAUGGGACAAUUCACGGACGACAAGCAUUCGUCGAGGUUACUGACUACACUCGCUCAUUAUCCACCAGCUUUGAUAAUCUACGAUCGGAAAACAACCACAGCACAUACAACUAAACUCUUAGCCACUCACUGUCAUACUGCGAGACUGGAACGCACUGCUAUAUGGCCACCAGAAAAAACGUUAAAAAUAUUAGCUGAGAAGUAUUAUAGAACCAAUGUUGACGGAGACUGGCCGGAGGGAAUCAAACCAUUCCUACACGAAGGCGAUGCCCUUGGACUCACACCAGCUGCACACUGUUACUUAGCAGUCAAAGCAUUAGGAGGCUGCGUAGCUUAUCUUACAGAUUGUCUACUUGACAUACAGAUCCUCGGUAUGUCACAAUUUGAAGAAUACGCUCCUCCCGACGUUCUGAAUAGCACCAUAUUGUCAAACGAUAAGGUCGAAAACGAAUGGACAGGAGGCAAUACAAUGAUAUUAGAUGCAAUCACUUUGAGAAACUUGAGAAUAGUUCAAGAUGAAGGCUGCUUAUAUGAUAAGCUAAACUUUUGUACCACACCCAUGGGGAAAAGGUUACUUUACCAAUGGGUUUGCUCUCCGAGCUGCAAUCUGACCGUCAUCAAGGAAAGACAAGAGGCAGUUAAAGCUUUGUUCGAGAACCAGGAACUGUGCCAGGAUGCAAAGAAUAUACUGACCACCUUGCCUGAUUUAGAACGGCUCUUAGCAAAAAUUCAUGCUUUGGGUAACUUAAAGAAAUCACAAGACCAUCCAGACUCUCGAGCUAUAUUCUAUGAAGAAAAAACUUAUUCAAAGAGAAAAGUAUUGGACUUUAUAUCGGUCCUAAACGGUUUUACCGCCGUCCUGAAAUUAACAGAACUAUUUUCUGAUAUUGAAUCUGUUCUGUUAAAGCAUAUAACACAAUUCAGCCCACAAGGCAAAUUUCCCGACUAUCGAGACACAUUAAAGUUCUUUAAGGAAGCAUUUAAUCAACAAGAUGCAGAGAAAGAAGGUCGUAUACUACCCGGAGCAGGCGUCGAUAAGGAAUAUGACCAUAUACUACAAGUUAUUGAGGAAUUGGAAGACGAAUUAAAGCAAUAUUUAACGAAACAAGAAAAGUAUUUUAAAUGUAGAGUGACAUAUGUAGGUGUGGACAAGAAACGUUAUCAGCUAGAAGUGGCACAGGGAGCCGCAGCUAAAGCCGGACCAGAAUACCAUCUAGAAAGUACAAGAAAAGGGUUCAAAAAAUUUUCAACUGCCGAGACUAAGGAGUUUCUCGCGCGAAUGAUUGCGGCAGAGGAGCAGAAAAGGAAUAUAUUAAAAGAUCUAAGUCGUCGUAUCUUCGAGAAAUUCUCCUCGAGUUACAAUCAAUGGGAGAUGGCCACUAAAUGCUUAGCGACGUUGGAUAUUUUGCUAGCAUUUGCAGAGUUUGCGAGGCAGCAGCACGGAGAUAUAUGUUUGCCAGAAAUUACAUUUGACGGAAACCAAGAGCCCUACGUCAAUAUAAAAGAAGGACGGCACCCGUGCAUCCCUGUCGCUCACGAGUUCAUCCCUAACGACACUUCGCUGCAGACGGCAAGACUGUUGCUGCUGACCGGACCCAAUAUGGGCGGGAAGUCCACGCUCAUGCGGCAGCUGGGUCUACUAUCAGUGCUGGCGCAUCUGGGUUGUUACGUGCCAGCUCAAGAAUGUAGCAUGAGUCUAGUAGACCGUAUCUUCACCCGCCUGGGCGCCUCCGACGACAUCCUCUCGGGGCAGUCCACCUUCCUCGUGGAGAUGAACGAAACGGCAGCCAUAGUGAAGCACGCGACGAUACACUCGCUCGUGCUGCUGGACGAGUUAGGUCGAGGAACGUCGACGUACGACGGGACGGCCAUCGCGUCGGCGGUGUGCGCGGAGCUGGCGGGUCGCGGCUGUCGCACCGUGUUCUCCACGCACUACCACUCGCUCGUGCAGCACCUCGCGCACCACCCCGGCCUGCAGUUGGGACACAUGGCGUGCAUGGUGGAAACGGACGAGCCGACGGCCGACGGUGCCCACGACAUCCCGGAGGAAACGAUAACGUUCCUGUACAAGCUGUCGCCGGGGGCGUGCCCCAAGUCGUACGGGUUCAACGCGGCGCGGCUGGCGGGCGUGCCGCGCGACGUGACGGCGCGGGCGCAGCGCGUGGCGCGCCGCCUCGAGGCCGAGGCCGCCGCCGCGCGCGCCGCCCGCCGCGUGCUGCGCUGCGCGCGCGCCGCCGACCUGCGCGCGCUGCUGGCGGCUCUCACCAUCUGAUUACUAUUAUGCCAUUUGUUCCGUCUUUGAAUUCAGCGUACCUUAUGCUUUCGAGGCUUGGAAACUAAUAAUGCCGUCUUGAGUAAGGUGUUUUGUAAUGUUGUGAUUGUAAUGCUCCGGAUGAGCUACCGAUGGCUCGAUACCUACAAUUAUCUAUCUAAUGAUCCAACAAUAUUUUUAAUGGAAGUUUUUAACAUGUUAUAAGAUUAACAAUUUAACCCACCUGCUUUUAGAAUUUUGGUGAGACCGAAGCUGUGAUUAUAGUCCUUAUUUUUUACUAAUGUUCAUAUGAGGGCGUAGCGGUAGUUUUUACUUGAGGA